ACAGCCAAAUACUUAUGAGAAGGCAGGAGGCAACUCACAAGGAGCACCGACCUACUCAAGAGGAUAUACCAAUAUUGUUGUGUCUCAAAUGAGUAAGGCUCUAUCAACUGCUGUAAGAAUAGCAAUUGCCAUCAUCCUUGUUGUGAUGCUGGUGGCAGGAGCUGUGACACUCUUACUACUCCUCUUUCUCCCUGAUAGCACCAAGGCUGUUUCUCUAGAUGGUUACCUAAUUGGUGUUGGCCGGGCAGACUGCACGGGCCCUGUGGCAGAAGUACCUUUUAUGGGCUAUGCCAGUAUGGACCAGAAUGGUGCGGGGAUGAUCUCACGACAGUAUUGUAGAGCGUUCAUCAUUGCAAACCCCAGUAACUCAACCCAGCGGAUAGUACAUCUUGUGGCUGAAAUUGGAAUGAUGUCUCAAAGAGUUAGACUAGAGGUCAUACAACAAUUGAAAAACAGGUAUGGAGAUCUUUACCGCCCAGAUAAUGUUAUACUGAGUGGAACUCAUACCCAUUCAGGACCUGGAGGCUACUUUCAAUACACAAUUUAUAUGAUAACAAGUAAGGGGUUUAUAAAGCCAACCCGUAAUGCCAUUGUCAAUGGGAUCCUAGAGAGUAUUGAAAUGGCUCAUCAAAAUAUGAUUAAAGGGCGGAUUUUGAUCAAUAAAGGUUUGGUCCACAACAGUCAGAUCAACAGAAGUCCUUUAUCUUAUCUUAAUAAUCCAGAGUCUGAAAGGCUCAGAUAUGCAUCAAACACAGAUAAAGAAAUGGUGUUGCUAAAAAUGGUUGCUGACAGUGGUCAAGAAAUAGGAAUGUUGAGCUGGUUUGCAGUUCAUCCAGUCAGUAUGAACAAUACCAAUUGCCUUACAAGUAGUGACAAUGUUGGUUAUGCAGCUUAUCUUUUUGAACAAGAGAAGAAUGAAGGAUACUUGACAGGAAAGGGGCCGUAUGUAGCAGCUUUUGCAUCCUCUAACUUAGGAGAUGUAUCUCCCAACGUAAAGGGUCCGCACUGCAUAAACACAGGGGAUUCAUGUGAAAAUCUCAACAAUUACUGUCCCAUAGGUGGGGCCCAGAUGUGUAUAGCUAAAGGUCCUGGGAGAGACAUGUUUGAGAGCACCAAAAUAAUUGGGAGAAACAUCUACUUGAAAGCAAAGGAACUAUAUAACACAGCCUAUGAAGAGAUAAAUGGUCCCAUUAGUUCAGCUCAUCAGUGGGUGGACAUGACUAAUGUUACUGUUCAACUCAAUGCCACACAUACGGGUAAAACAUGCAAACCAGCCUUGGGGUACAGCUUUGCUGCAGGCACCAUGGAUGGGCCAGGGAUGUUCAAUUUCACUCAAGGCAUGAUAGAAGGAGAUCCAUUCUGGGAUGCUGUUCGUAAUGCAUUUCUGAUUCAACCAUCUAAGGAAAUAGAAGAAUGCCACAAACCUAAACCUAUUCUCUUUCCGACAGGACAGCUUUCCAAACCUUAUCCAUGGCAUCCAGAAAUAAUUGAUAUUCAAAUCGUUACCAUUGGAUCUUUGGUAAUAGUGGCUCUUCCAGGAGAGUUUACGACAAUGGCUGGACGAAGACUACGUGAAGCAAUAAAAAAUGAAUUUGAAACUCACAGGACAACAGAAAUGAAUGUUAUACUGUCAGGGCUGUGCAACAUUUAUACCCAUUAUAUAACUACUUAUGAAGAAUAUCAGGUCCAACGAUAUGAAGGAGCAUCCACCAUUUAUGGACCACACACUCUUUCUGCUUAUAUCCAGUUAUUCCGAGGCCUGGCCAAGGCUGUUGCUGAGGGCACAGUGAGAGACUUACCAAAAAUCCCAGCACCACCUAUUUUCAAUGUAACAAAUCUGAACUUCCUACCUCUUAUUAUUGAUGCAAAGCCAUUUGGUUCUAAGUAUGGUGAUGUACUGCAAGAUGUGCAGCCCAAAUACCGAGUGGGAGAGAUUGCUGAAGUGCAUUUUGUUGGUGCAAAUCCAAGGAAUUCUGCCGAAAAUAUGACUACCUUCACUUUCCUUACAGUAGAAAAAUAUGACAAUACUUCUGAAAGUUGGAAAGUGCUGUAUGAUGAUGCCUCAUGGGACACUAGGUUUAUCUGGCAAAAGGGCAACUUGGGCCGCAGCACAGCUAUAGUUGAAUGGAACAUCCCAAACAACACUGAAUCAGGAACCUACAGAAUACAAUAUUUUGGCCACAACAAAGAAUUACUGGGCUCAGUUCAUGCAUUCAGUGGCUCUUCUUCACAAUUCGAAGUUUCAGACUGAAAUGUGAAAUUGUAGCAUUUGUGGUUUUGUUCAAUUUUUAAUUUUUUUAAUUUUGAAUGAAUGGGAGAUAAUUAUGUAGCACAUCUGCCUUGGCACCAAUCAGUGGCAUGUUUCACUUCAACUUAAAAAAUGCUGCCAAAGAGAGAUCCAGUAGAAAUCAUUCUCUCUGCCUACUACUGUGAUAGUACUUUCAGUUCUCACAUUUUUCUACCCGGCCCACCAGUGUGCAGUAGACAUGAGCCAGAUGCCAAGUGCAGUGUACAUCCCAUUGGCUGCUUGCCCACUGAGGUACAUUUAAAGGACAACUGACUUCCAUCUCUGCAAAAGUGCAUGCCUUUGGGUUUUUAAAGACUCUGCUCUCCCACUCCAAAGGGUGACUCUUAACAGGCUUUAACAGUGCAUAUCUAUCCAUGUCUAGUAGACAACCUAUGCGUAUCUAUUCAGAAGUAAGUCUCAGUGUGUCCAGUGGAGAUUACUCCCUACUAAUUUUGUUUAGCAUUUCACCCCAUGCAGGUCUACAGUUUCUGUUCGCGGAACUAUUUGCCACAGUAGAUUGUUAGUGUAUUUUGGUGAUGUGGUGAGAGUCAUUGAUGUUAGUACUGCUUACAGAUUGGACUGGUAUUCAGUAUUUCAGUUAAUGGAUUUGUAAUCUAGACGUACAGAUUUGUAAUUGGUCUGUAUUCAAUAAGGCUGUGAAGUCUUACUGAAAACCUAUGUCAUCCAAGUCCACCUUAGAAGCCAGUUGCCAGAUUGGGCUAAGGAGAUCUGUUUAGCUUCUGAUGGGUACAAGAAAGACAGUGUUUCUACCCCACUCCCACCAGUGAGCAAACCUGUGACAAUGAGGGAAAAAGGAUGCCUGUUCCAAGUUCUUGUUCCAUCCUUGCUCACUGGUAAAGGUGGGUAGAAAAUCAGAAGCUGUACAGACUUCCAUGUUCACCCAAUCUAGUAGCAGGGUCUUAAGUUGGUUAGAGGUGGGAUCAAGCCAGGAUAUUUUGUUUAGUUAGGCAGACAAGGUAGCAGGUUUAUGAAGAAUGGCAGCUGUAGGUAAACAAAGAUCUGUACUGCUAAAGCUAAACCAAUCUUUGAAACUUGCAAAAUGUUGUCAAAUCAGAUGGUGCCAAGCCCAAAACAGACAGGCCAAAAGGAGUGGCUUCCGGCCACUAUGGGGGUGUGGCAUGCAUAUGAUGCAGAUGGAAGUUGCUCUGAGAACACCUAAGGUGGCCUGAAGCCACCAGCAAAAGGAGUGUUGAAAAACUGCUCCUAGAUGGCUGCUCGUUUGGGACUGCAGCAACAGCUGGCUUUCAAAGUGGGCAGUCUGUUCUCUAUAGUCCCAGGAUGAUCAGGGCCAAUUGGGGCUGGAGUGGCCAGAGACCACUCCAAGCCAUCCGUCUGCUUCACCCCAUUGUCUCAAAAAUGAAGUAUACAUUUACAAUAAUACCAUGUGCCCUGGAAAGUCUAGGACUUGGUAGGGCAGCUAUGAAGGAACUAGACAAGAUCCUGAAGGGUAACGAUAUUAUCAUUAAAUACCAAAGUUAG